GUUAUAAUUUAGCAAUUGAGUAAUAAAAACGUUUUCUAAGAGCUCAGUAAUGGAUUCUAAAUCCAUAAUUUUUGCAGGCUUUUCAAUCAUUUCAAUAUUCAUCACGAAUAUUUUACUUAACAAGUCAAUAAUUGAAAAAAUAAUUGAGAACACAAAUGCACUUUCUAAGAUGCAAGAAAGUCACGAUUUUUUGUCGACUUCAAAUCAAAGUUUUCCAAAUACUGAAGAAAAUUCAAGAAAACAACCGAAAUUUUGUCUUUUUAAAAUAGACAACAACACAAGACGCUUUGAAUCAAUCAGACAUGUUAUAGAAAAGUUAGGCUAUCAAGAAGUGCCAUUACAUCCACAUGACCUACAUUAUGAUUGGGAUUUCAUUUGGAGCUUCCCAGGUCUGCCUAGAUUAAAAUUAAAUUAUUCAAACUUAAAGGAUCAUCAGAAGAUUAAUCACAUUCCUGGAAUCUCAUUUAUUAUUCAAAAGUCGAAUCUUGCAACUAAUACAGAUUCAAAAUAUGUACCAAAAGGAUUUGAAAAUGAAUUAUCCAUGCAACGUUAUGCCAAGGAACAUCCAGAUGCAAAAUUUGUUCGGAAAAACAAAGCAAAUCGAGGUGUGUCAAUAGUGACAAUAAAAGAAAUGAAUUUCACGAGUUCGGGCAAAUAUUUUGAUGACUCUUUUGCCCAAGUAUUUGUUGAAGAUCCUUAUCUUAUCAAUGGCCACAAAUUCGACUUAAAUAUGUAUGCUGGAAUUUCUUCUAUUGAUCCAUUGCGGGUUUAUUACUACGAUAAAACUUACAAUUUGAGAUUCUGUGAGAAGCCCUACAACCCAAACAACUUUGAUGAUCCUGACACGUAUGUCAUCACUGAUAAUUAUAUUCCUGGAUUAAGAUUUCCGUUCAUAAAAAAAAUCACUGAUCAUGGGUAUCUUGAAAAAGAACCAAUUCAAUUACAUUUCAUGAAACAGGGAAUAAAUCCAAAAAUCAUUGAUGAUCAGAUUGAAGAUGCCAUAAGUACGAUAGUCCUACAAAAAGCACCCAAAAUGUUGAAAAAAGUUGAAGAACUAAAUGCAGCAAACGGGAAAUAUCAUUUUUUUGAACUCGUUCGAUUUGAUUUUAUGCUCGAUGCGAAACUUAAACUUCACUUGAUGGAAGUCAACAUGAGUCCAAAUCUGGAAGCAUAUCCAAAAAGGAGAGGUCAAAAAAUAAUUUAUGAAAAUGUCGUUUAUAAUUUUCUCAAUCUUGUUGGUAUGGGAACGACUAUCAGUGACAAGAAUGUGGGACAAUUCACAGAGGAUGAAUCUCGUUUCGUUUUGAAUGAUCACAGCAUCAGUGUAACACCUGAUAUAUGUUUGAACAGACCAUGCAACGAAACUUGCGAUUCCACUCAAUGUGAUCUUUGCUUGAAUUGCAUGUCGGACAGCUUUAAAUAUGACUUGAAAUUGGCUUUCUGGGAACACAUGAACAUGGGCGAGUUCAGACGUGUUGUGCCACCUCCCAAUAGUUUUCCAAAUACUGAAGAAAAUUCAAGAAAACAACUGAAAUUUUGCCUUUUUAAAACAGAUAACAACACAAAACGGUUUGAAUCAAUCAGAAAUGUUAUAGAAAAGUUAGGCUAUCAAGAAGUACCAUUGCACCCACAUGCUCCUCAUUAUGAUUGGGAUUUCAUUUGGAGCUAUCAUGGCAUUUCGCCUUUGAACUUAAAUUUUUCAAACUGGAAGGAUCAUCAGAGACAUAAUCACAUUCCUGGAAUGCCUUUUCUGACUUUAAAGUCAAAUCUUGCCACUUAUACAGAUUCAAAAUAUGUACCAAAAGGUUUCGAAGAUAAAUUAUCCAUACAACGUUAUGCCAAGGACCAUCCAGAUGUAAGAUUCGUUCGGAAAAACAAAGCAAAUCGUGGUGUGUCAAUAGUGACAGUAGAAGAAAUGAAUUUCACAAGAUCCAACAAUAUUCGCGAAGAGUUUUUUGCCCAAGUAUUUGUUGAAGAUCCUUAUCUUAUCAAUGGCCACAAAUUCGACUUAAAUAUGUAUGCUGGAAUAUCUUCUAUCGAUCCAUUGCGGGUUUAUUACUACGAUAAAACUUACAAUUUGAGAUUCUGUGAGAAGCCCUACAACCCAAACAACUUUGAUGAUCCUGACACGUAUGUCAUCACUGAUAAUUAUAUUCCUGGAUUAAGAUUUCCGUUCAUAAAAAAAAUCACUGAUCAUGGGUAUCUUGAAAAAGAACCAAUUCAAUUACAUUUCAUGAAACAGGGAAUAAAUCCAAAAAUCAUUGAUGAUCAGAUUGAAGAUGCCAUAAGUACGAUAGUCCUACAAAAAGCACCCAAAAUGUUGAAAAAAGUUGAAGAACUAAAUGCAGCAAACGGGAAAUAUCAUUUUUUUGAACUCGUUCGAUUUGAUUUUAUGCUCGAUGCGAAACUUAAACUUCACUUGAUGGAAGUCAACAUGAGUCCAAAUCUGGAAGCAUAUCCAAAAAGGAGAGGUCAAAAAAUAAUUUAUGAAAAUGUCGUUUAUAAUUUUCUCAAUCUUGUUGGUAUGGGAACGACUAUCAGUGACAAGAGUGUGGGACAAUUCACAGAGGAUGAAUCUCGUUUCGUUUUGAAUGAUCACAGCAUCAGUGUAACACCUGAUAUAUGUUUGAACAGACCAUGCAACGAAACUUGUGCCUCCAGUCAAUGUGAUCUUUGUUUGAAUUGCAUGUCGGACAGCUUUAAAUAUGACUUGAAAUUGGCUUUCUGGGAACACAUGAACAUGGGCGAGUUCAGACGUGUUGUGCCACCUCCCAAUAUUAACUUGUUGGAAACAAAUUCAAUUUACUGGAAAAAUCUUUCCCCAACUAACACAUUAUACGCUAAAUGGCUGAUUGAAAUGUGCAAGAAGAACAGUCGAUUCUGUUAAAAUGUCGACGUGGAAAAUUUUUAAAUAAAAAUUUUAUAUUAUGAAUCUUGAAAUGUUCACAUGAAAAAUUAAAUAAAAUCAUGUUCCAAUGUACUUUUAAAAUAUCUUUCUUCUAAAUAAAAUAUCCUUUCGAUAAAUCAUUUUCAAUAGUUUGAGCUAGUUUGAUAAA